AUGCGAUUACCUAUUAUCUUACUGUUUUUAUCGGCUGUGAUAUCUUACAGUCAUGGUAAACAACCUCGUGGUUCUUUAAAUAUAUUUGAUGUUAAACCAACUGUUGGACAACCGUGGCCAAAACCACAAACAAUUAAAACAACUUCACAACAAUAUGCUGUACAUCCAUCUGCCUUUCAUUUUAUGGUGAAUUCAACAAGUCAAUCAUGUGAUCUACUUACAAGUGCAUUCGAUCGUUAUUAUAGAAUUAUUUUUUUU